GUCGAAUAGCCGCAGUCCACUUUUAGAAACCGCUGUCUCAGGCCCAGUAGGGAGUGUGACGGCUCUGCUUGGUACAUACUGUCAAGUGUAGACACGCGGGGGGGGUCUGCGCCGCUUUCAAGCGGCGGGAGAGCACCUGAACGACCGAGGGGCGGGUGAGAUCUCCGAUGAGAAGUGUGGGGCGGCGCGCGUCGGGCAGGCUUCGGAACACGCUUGUGCAAGGUACGCGAGAUUCCGGGCGAAUCAAGAGGUAUGGAUUGAUGAAUUGGUUUCUGCUUCUGAACGGGAUAAGAAACCUGGAAGCAUGGGAGGUCUGGUGCUGUUCCCGCUCAGACUCGCUCAGAACUCACGUCGCGAUGAUAAAUCUGUGUCCGACCCUUCAGUUUCAAAUCCAAACAUCCACCGAGUUAACUGGAGGAAGGGAUCCUGAGGUAACUUCGCACGGGAGGCAAGUGCGGCGCCGACCUGCGCGGCCUGGCUCACCCACUCGGCCUGUCUCCGGACCCGCAACAUUAUUCCUGUUCUGGGCGUUUAUUUUCUGUUUCUUUUUUUUGUUUGGGUUUUUUUUUUCUCUUGUGGCGUGGGCCGGCUCGGCCGGCUCGGCGGGUGGACUGAAAUGGGGGUUAGGGUGGCUUGGGGGGUUUACAUGGCUCCUCCGGCGGCGGUCGUUCUGGGAUUCUCAGCUGACGCCGACGAGGAAGUGGACUCGGAGAGCCAGAGGGAGCGGCGCAACUUGUGUCGUGUUAUCAUUCCAGACGGUACGAAGUACACACACUAUCACACCCCCUUCGGCCAGAGUGCCCCCGCAAUCCCAUGCCCCCCGCAUCACGCUCCCGUCAUCACGAACGUUGGACAAACGGCCUUCUUCACGUGGGUUGAGCGGGGGAGCGGCACAGCGGUCGAGUUUUCUUGAGCUCGACGCUCAAGCUCUGCAACCACUGCAGAGUGGUGCAUACGACGCCAUUGGCCCACCCCACCCGCGCCACCAAGGUUGCCCAACUCGGAAGACUGGUUCGCGGCGUUAUUCUCCUCAAUUGGGGUGCGGAGCUCCUGGUGUCAGGCCAGAGACUUCCAGGAAGAAAUCGAUUGGGCGCCGUCAGCUCCGGCUCCGGCGUUCCAGAUCCCCAGCAGCAUGGUCUCCGGCCCAGAGGCCAACCACAAAUUCGCCUCCCCCAACCCCACGCGAACCGCGUUGCGACAGACAGCGCCUGACAACACGUGGUGCCAGUGGCAGUAUCACCAACUGUUCGGUGCUCCGGCCUCUGACUGCCCACGUACUGCAACCCCCCACCACUGCGUCGUGCUCUCUUGACAGAACGCACCUCUCCUCAGGGUACCCCCAACAAGUUGCAGCAUCAGAAUGCAGAAGGGGCCGACGAGGGAGGGCUGUUCUGGCCGCCCGCUGCCUGAUCUCACGACCUCGAGAUCCGGCUUGUCGAACUUCCUGAUUCGUGGAACAGAUCCUGCAAGACACCAGACGAAGAGCCGGCCACCAAGACACGGGGUCGAGGAAAGCUCCCAUCCCGUGUGACGCUGGUACACUCCCUCAACCACGCCGG